AUGCCAGUGGAAAAGUCCAAGCCACUCGCACUAGCAGAUACGCUGCGCGACCUAGCUCUCAUACGUGCUUCAAAUGUUGACCUCUCAAAUCUCAUUCCUGACAGGAAUACGGGCGUCACUGAGGAUCCAGGAGUUCUGAAGUCCGUGGAGCUGUCGCGCGAGUUCGUAGCGGAGACGCGAGCAGCGUUGAGGGAGUACAACAGUGGCGAUGUGCAGAGGAAGAACGUUGAUAUACAGAGGACACAUGCGCAGCUGGAGGAGUUGUUGAGAGGUCUUUCACCCUGGCUUCAUAUCGUGUUCUGUCGGUGCUAUGGUACUGCGGGAACUUUCCAUUUUCCAUUGCCAACAUCUCUAUCUAGGUCACCCGCACGUCCGUCACAGCCCUGUCUUCUAUAG